AUGUACUUGAGGUACUUCUUCUUGAUACCUCUGUGUUCGGCAGCAGGCUCGUCGUCGUCGGAAAUCUCGAUGUCCUCGCCCUCCUUCACGUCGACCCAGUCGCCCUCGAUGUCGUCGUCCAGAUCCUCGGACUCGGACUCGGGCAGCUUCCAGUCCUCGGCGUUCUCCUGGCCCAAAGUUCCUUGCUCCAUUUUCCACUUGGCCAGCAACUCCAGUCCAGGAAUGCCCUGCACCACGUUGGUCUCCACACCGUACUGCGGCACGCCCUUGGCCCCGUCGUGGAUAAUGUCCAUCGUGGCCGACUUGCCUCUGUCUUUCUUAGAAAGCAUCUCUGGUGCAACGUCUCUAUACAGCGAGAUCAGCGACCGUGCUGCAUGCACAACGUUCUUCGCCUUGGACGACUUGUACUCCGUCAAGUCCUGCAGCAGGGCCUCAUCAAUACCGGCCGGGUUUCUUGCCAAAAUCUCGCGGAUCGUGUUGAUUCCCGCAGCGGCCACCUCCGCAGCCACUCCGUCAGAAACAAACUCGUCUGCAAUCUUGCGCACAACCAUGUUGAUGGUCUCCGGCGGCACCAGAUCGUGCGACGCCUGCGCAGAGGCUGCCAUGAUCUGCGUCACGUUGCGCUGCUUCGGCGUCAGGUACUUGAGGAAAAACGAGUACACUCCCAAAACGGUCAGCUUGUGCGUUCCAACCAGCCGCGAAACAAGAUUCAUAAUUGCGAUCUUCUGGUCCAGGUCGAACUUGUUGGCGUUCUUGCUGGCCAGAUGCUGUUCGUAA